CAACGUCUGACCAGCCCCUGGACUGUGGUGUCCAGUGCACAUCUGGUAACCAUGGGGGCCCUGGAGCCCUCCUGGUGCCUUCUGUUCCUUCCUGUCCUCCUGAUUGUGGGCGGAUUAAGUCCUGUACAGGCCCAGAGUGAUACUUUCCCAAGAUGCGAAUGUUCUUCUGUGAGCCCCGGUGUACUGGCUGGGAUUGUGCUGGGAGACUUGGUGCUGACUCUGCUCAUUGCCCUGGCUGUGUACUCUCUGGGCCGCCUGGUCUCUCGAGGCCGAGGGCCCACAGAUGGGACCCGGAAACAGCACAUGGCUGAGACUGAGUCACCUUAUCAGGAGCUUCAGGGUCAGAGACCGGAAGUAUACAGUGACCUCAACACACAGAGGCAAUAUUACAGAUAAGCCCCCCUAUGCCCAUCAGCAACCUGAUCCAAUCAUUCCAGAUGCAUACUCAACAAGCCCUCCCUGGAAUCAGGACUCCCGCUGGAAUACAGAGCCACAUAGUGCCUGCCCUCCCUGAGAUAUCUGACCUCGUACCAUUUCUGUCCCCUAAUAAAAGUUGGAGCAAAAACAA